GAUGUUCGGGCGCUCGCGCAGCUGGGGCGGCGGCCACGCCAACGCCGCCCGCAACGUCCGCUCCCUCGACAACCUCAAGUAUAUGUAUCACAUUCUGACCAAAAACACCACUGUGACCGAACACAACCGCAACCUGUUGGUGGAGACGAUCCGAACGAUAACAGAAAUCCUUAUAUGGGGAGACCAAAAUGACAGCUCUGUAUUUGACUUCUUCUUGGAGAAGAACAUGUUUGUGUUCUUCCUGAACAUUCUGCGUCAGAAAUCCGGCCGCUACGUGUGCGUGCAGCUCCUGCAGACCUUGAACAUCCUCUUUGAGAACAUCAGUCACGAGACCUCUCUCUAUUACCUGCUUUCUAACAACUAUGUGAAUUCUAUCAUCGUGCACAAAUUCGACUUCUCAGAUGAUGAGAUCAUGGCAUACUACAUAUCGUUCUUGAAAACCCUCUCUCUGAAGCUCAACAAUCACACUGUUCAUUUCUUUUAUAACGAGCACACGAAUGAUUUUGCCCUGUACACCGAGGCCAUUAAGUUUUUCAACCACCCCGAGAGCAUGGUCAGGAUCGCUGUCAGAACGAUAACGUUAAACGUUUACAAAGUGGACAACCAGCCAAUGUUGCACUACAUCCGAGAUAAAACAGCCGUCCCGUACUUCUCCAACCUCGUCUGGUUUAUUGGGAGUCAUGUGAUAGAGCUGGAUAACUGUGUGCAGACGGACGAAGAGCACAGAAAUCGGGAGAAGCUGAGCGGCCUUGUAGCGGAACACCUCGACCAUCUCCAUUACCUGAACGACAUCCUUAUUAUUAACUGUGAAUUCCUAAAUGAGGUGCUGACCGACCACCUGCUGAACAGCCUGUUCUUGCCUCUCUACGUGUACUCCUUAGUCGAUCGAGACAAGGGCGGGGAGCGUCCGAAAAUAAGUGUCCAGGUUUCCCUGUAUCUCUUGUCGCAAGUCUUCUUAAUUAUACAUUACAGACCGCUGGUGAAUUCCUUGGCCGAAGUCAUUCUGAACGGAGACCUGUCGGUGUUUUCGGCAAAAGUGGAGCAAGACGUCCAGAAAAGCUCAACCAAGUCUGGCAUCAGGUGCUUCAUUAAACCUUCCGAGACAUUGGAGCGAUCACUGGAAAUCAACAAGCACAAGGGACGGAAGCGGCUGCAGAAGAGGCCGAAUUACAAAAACGUCGAGGAGGACGAGGAAGAAGAGAAGGCGCCCGAGGAAGGCCCAGAAGGUACGGAGGGUGCUUUCAAAGGUAUCAAGCCAAGCAGAGAGAACGAAGAAAUCGAGAUGGUGAUCAUGGAGCGGUGCAAACUGUCUUCUGCGAAAGAGCAGAACAUAACUGACGAGGAAAAGACGGCGGCUGCAUCUGGCGCUGCAGCGUCGAACUGGAACAGGCCCUUUCUGGGAUUGGUGUACAAUGCCGUGGAGUGUGCUGAGGAUGAUUACUACGCUCUGUUUGUGCUGUGCCUUUUGUAUGCCAUGUCACAUAACAAAGGAAUGGAGCCGGUGACGCUGGAGCGGAUUCAGCUCUCUCCGCUGGACACAAAGGGGGAGAACACUUACAACCCGGUCCUCGCGGAAAAACUCAUCCGGAUAAUGAGCUCCGCUGCUCAGCCAGACGGAAGGAUCCGUUUGGCCACUUUGGAGCUUGGCUGCUUGCUGUUGAAGCAACUGGUUGUGUCCAAGCAUGGUAGUAUUAUAAAGGAUGUUCACCUAGCCUGUCUGGAAGGUGCAAGAGAAGAAAGCGUUCACCUGCUCCGGCGUUUUUAUAAGGGAGAAGAAAUUUUUCUGGAUAUGUUUGAGGACGAAUACAGGAGUAUGAUGCUGAAGCCCAUGAAUGUGGAGUACCUGAUGAUGGACGCCUCCAUCCUGCUCCCACCGACGGGGACGCCGCUCACGGGAAUCGAUUUUGUAAAGAGGCUGCCGUGUGGAGAUGUAGAAAGGACACGCAAGGCCAUCCGAGCCUUCUUCAUGCUGCGUUCUCUGUCGCUGCAUCUCCGGGGGGAGCCGGAGACCCAGCUGCCCUUGACGAGGGAGGAGGACCUGAUCAAGACGGAGGAGGUCCUGAACCUGAAUAACAGCGAUUUAAUUGCCUGUACCGUGAUCACGAAAGAUGCCGGUCAAGUCCAGCGCUUCCUGGCGGUCGACAUCUACCAGAUGAGCUUGGUGGAGCCGGAGGCAGGCCGCUUAGGUUGGGGAGUGGUGAAGUUUGCGGGCCUUCUCCAGGACAUGCAAGUGACGGGAGUCGAAGAUGACAGCCGUGCACUGAACAUAGUCAUCCACAAGCCGGCCUCCAGCCCCCACUGCAAGCCCUUCCCCAUCCUGCAGGCCACCUUUGUGUUCUCCGACCACAUCCGCUGCAUCAUCGCCAAGCAACGCCUGGCCAAGGGCCGCAUCCAGGCACGGCGCAUGAAGAUGCAGAGGAUAGCAGCUCUCCUGGACCUGCCAGUGCAGCCUUCCAACGAGGUGAUGGGCUUUGGCCACAGCUCAGCCACCACAGCUCAGCACCUGCCCUUCCGGUUCUAUGACCAGGCGAGGCGGAGCACCUGCGACCCGGCCGUCCAGCGCUCUGUGUUUGCGUCUGUUGACAAAGUCCCAGGUUUUGCCGUCGCCCAGUGCACCAGCCAGCCCGGCCCCUCGCCGCUCUCCUCGCCGUCCCCUUCCUCCAGUGGGAGCACGGGGCACUGUGACUCGGCAGCCGCCAGCUCCACCUCCACGCCGUCCGUGGUCCAAAGCCCCUCAGAUGACGCAGCCGUUCCGGAGCACCCUCGGACGCCGUCCUUCAGUCACUUGGCGGUAGCUGAUGACUCUUCCGCGCCUCUCUCAAGAUCCGGCAAGAACCCUGGAAGGAACGCCGAAGCAGAGACCGCCAGCUUAUCUCCCAGUCUGAUUCCUGCCCAGCAGCCCACGAUCUCCCUCAUCGUCACCGACAGCUCGGACUCCCUGGGCAUAGAGUCGCUAACGCUGGUCCCGCCGGUCGACACAGACUGUAUCCUUGCCGUUGGCUACAUCCCGCCACCGGCUUCGGAGACAGAUGUUUGCACAGACACAGAAGGGGGUGGUCCUUCUCAUUUGGACCCCGGGCAGCAGUGA